CCAAAACCACUUAGUAAGUACUAAACUCUUUAAGCUACCCCACAGUUCAGAUAUACACAAGCUAAAGCCACAGUGGUUGCGUUAUUUAACUUAUGAAUCAUUUUUGAGACACAACCUUCUAAGCCCUCGAAAUUAUCAACAUGAUCCAAACUUUGCUGAAAAAAACGGUUUUACACAAUCUACUACAUGCUUUCUAUAAAAGGCCUUUUAGUAUAAUUCUAAAGAAACGCUCCCCUUCAGGUCGUGGUCCACGUAUUUUUGCUGUGAAAUCUUCACAGAUUUUUAUGAAUUUAACAUGAAAACUUUAUAUUGUUAGUAAUAUUUAAAUAUGAACACUUACUGGACUGCAAAAAUCCAUAUGUCAUUAUUUCGAAUGAUCGUGUUAAAAUGGGAGUAUUAAAUAUGCUAUUUUUGAGGAAUGUUUAUUUGUACAUCUCUCAAUCAUAAUUGCAUUAUGUUUUACCGCACAAAAUUAAAACUACAGAGAUUUGAUCACAAAACUAAGCUUUUAAAUGUCAUCUUAUAGAGAUAUAGAGUGAAAACUGAUAUUCAUAUGCAUUUUAUGCAAGUAGUCUGUUACACUGAUCUCCAUAUUCUCUUAUAUCAUAUUACAUGAGGCCUAAAAGCAUGGUGCAUCAAAUAUGAUACUCCCACAUAUGCACAUUUUUAAAUAAUUUGUCUAAAGAUUCAAUAAACUAGAUAAGCUUUUCUGACUAUUAUUUUAUAUGUUAAAGGAAUAGUUCGCCUAAAAAUAAAAACCGUGUCAUUUACUCGUCCUCAUGUUGUUCCAAACCUGUAUGACUUUCUUAGUGUUUGUAGUCCAUACAAUGGAAGUCAAUGGACACCAACACUGUUUGACUACAAACAUUCUUCAAAAUAUCUUUAUGUUCUGCACAACAUGAAAAAAGGGAGCAAAUUUUGGCGAACCACCCUUCUAACUUGUGCUAUAGACACUAGUGUCUCUGCAGACAUGUGCUGUGAACUCUGGGGUGGGUCACGUAUCCCAUGUAAGGAAAUCCAGCGGGGAAGCAUGGCCUCCACUUGGCGCCAAGUGUGCAUUUAAAAUCUGGGCUCAGUUAUAUUUGUCUGGAUGAUAGACAGACGUUGAUUCCGCCAACAUGGGCGACCCUUCAGAGCCAUUGAGCAUAAAGCAACCACAUUUUGACAGCAAGUAACAUGGUUUCAUUUGAGCAUAACUGGGUUUUCAUACGCUCAGUGGUAAUAGUUUAGCGGUGGAAGUGAAGUUUCCUGUACAUGAAGGUCAGCGGAAGAUUACUGAACGCUUGUUACUAAAACGGGGUCGUUGCGUCAAUGUAAACAUCCUCCGCGGUUAUGACGUCACGUUCCCGCAACUUUCCUUCGCCUACAUGGAGGAAGAGGCACUUUUUUCUCAUUUUUAACAGCUACAACAAACCACUUUUAAACCAGCAUGGCAACUAAUAAACUUCCAAUGUAGACAUUCGAGGUCGCUUGCAAGCAAAUAAACGACAACAGGACACGCGGUGAUUCAAAACACUGCGCCACGUGGAGAUAAAACAUGACGUUAUCGACAUUUAGAACGAUUAUAAACACGAAUCUGGACAAAUCCUAACGGAAUAACGAAAAAUAUUAAUUGUCGAAGAAACCAAUGAGAGUCGCGCUCGCGUUUAAGCCCCGCCCUAAAAUGCUGGAACAUGGCUGGACUGAUCCGCAAUCUUCUUCUUCAGACUUGCAGCAGAAGGGGGUCAAAGUUCAGUGUUAGGCAUUUGAAGAUGGCCCUGCUGAGCUCUCUCCGGACCCCGGGUCUCUGUGGGGCCCUGUACUACACCGGGACCAGGAGCAUAUCCUCAGGAACCCUUCAUAUCAAAGAUUCGCUUAACUUCUGGAGCGGUGGCCGAGUCAGCCUUAAAGAUGUGGAAACCAAAUCCGAACCCGUAUAUGAGCCUGCAACAGGUCGUGUCUUGUGCCAGCUACAAGCUUGUGGUGCCGCAGAUGUCGAUGCAGCUGUCAGGAGCGCCAGUGCUGCUUUUACAGUGUGGAGUAAACUGGCAGGCAUGGAAAGAGCCAGAGUCAUGCUAGAGGCGGCUAGACUCAUUGGGAAGAGAAGAGAGGAGAUUGCUGAGAUAGAGGUCGUCAACAAUGGCAAGUCCAUCACCGAAGCCCGUUUAGAUGUGGACUCAGCCAGACUGUGCAUUGAGUAUUUUGCAGGACAAGCCACCACACUUUCAGGUCAGCAUGUUCAGCUGCCAGGAGGUUCGUUUGCUUACACUCGUCGGGAGCCGCUAGGUGUGUGUGUGGGAAUAGGAGCCUGGAACUACCCCUUCCAGAUUGCAGCCUGGAAAUCUGCCCCUGCCAUCGCUUGUGGCAACUCUAUGGUGUUCAAGCCGUCACCGGUGACCCCUGUGACUGCAGUGCUGCUGGCUGAGAUUUAUUCACAGGCUGGGGCUCCUGAGGGCCUCUUCAGUGUGGUGCAGGGCGGACAGGAGACGGGUUCUCUGCUGUGUCAUCACCCAUCUGUGGCGAAGGUCUCCUUCACAGGAAGUGUGCCCACAGGCAAGAAAAUAAUGGAAAUGGCUUCCCGUGGGGUCAAACCAGUGACACUGGAGCUCGGUGGUAAAUCUCCACUGAUCAUCUUUGAGGACACUGACCUAGAAAAUGCUGUCAGAGGAGCACUCAUGGCCAACUUCUUGUCUCAAGGCCAGGUGUGCAGCAAUGGCACCAGAGUUUUCGUGCAAAGCUCAAUUCUUCCUCCGUUCUUGAAAGAGGUGGCCAGGAGAACUAAAGCCAUCCAGAUAGGAGACCCUCUGUUGGAUGAGACUCGUAUGGGAGCUCUGGUCAGCAAACCACAUCUGGAAAAGGUGCUGGGAUAUGUGAAGCAAGCUAAGAAAGAGGGAGCCAGAGUUCUCUGCGGAGGGGAGCCCUUCAUCCCAGCAGAUCCUAAACUAAAAGAUGGAUACUACAUGACACCGUGUGUGCUCGACGGCUGCACAGAUGACAUGACGUGUGUCAGAGAGGAAAUCUUUGGGCCUGUGAUGUCAGUACUGUCCUUUGACACCGAGGACGAGGUUCUUCGGAGAGCCAAUGACAGCGCUCUGGGUCUGGCUGCAGGAGUCUUUACGAAAGAUGUUAAGAGAGCUCAUCGUGUUAUAGAAAACCUGCAGGCUGGAUCUUGCUUCAUCAACAACUACAAUAUCACCCCUGUGGAGGUGCCGUUUGGAGGAUACAAGGCCUCAGGUAUUGGAAGAGAAAAUGGCCAGGUGACCAUUGAAUUUUACACUCAGUUGAAGACCGUGGUGGUGGAGAUGGGUGAUGUGGACAGUCUAUUUUGAACACGAGCCAGGUGUAUUCUGUUUGCGGAUCGAUGACUGAAUCUUACAGAAAGAUCUUAAAAUGCAAUUACCAACAUUCUCUAAA